AUGCAUUCUAAUUUAAUGCAUUUAAUUAAUAUAUGCUUGUUCCUGGUUGUACCAAUUGUGAAAGCCGAAGAUUGUAAUAACUGGAUUAUUGAUAUAAAAGAAUCCAGCACAAAUAAAUUCAAAAAUAUUGAAAGCGAGAACGUGCCUGUUUUGUUUAAAAAAAGAGUCAGAAAAUCAACUAAUCAAAAUUACAUGACGAUUAAUCUAAACAUAACGGAAGAUAUUCCACCUAAUUCAAAUAUUUUGAACAUCAAAGAGCAUAUUUUGAAAAAUUUUCCAUGGUUAAAUGAUUUUUCUAACUCCUUUGUAAGUCAUCAAUUUACAAUUGUCAAUCCCGAUGGGCCCAAUAGAGAUUUCAUAUUGAUAUCCGGAACAUUGUAUACCCUUCAUUCUAUCGAUAGAGAACGCAUACCGAAUUAUAAAUUAAUUAUUAAAAUAAAACAGGGUAGAGAACAUAAUUUACAGACUUUCGAUUCAGAUCUGUCCCUCACCAUUUUGAUAUCUGUUCUUGAUAUAAAUGAUAAUUCACCACGUUUCCUAGAAGAAUCCAUGGUUAUAAACGUUCCGGAAAAUAUUGAAUUAAAUUUUAACGAAUCUCAAAAAAUAGCAAUAGGCAAAAUUGUAGCAAUCGACGAAGAUCAAAACUCCGAGCUAGCCUAUUCUUUUAAAAGUCUAAACAACGACCGCUUUUCUAUAGACCCCCAUAAUGGUACGGUCUUUUUAAACCCUGGUUGGCAAUUGGAUUUUGAAAAUGAGAAAAGCUAUUCCAUUCUGGUUUGGGUAGAAGAUGAUGGUAAACCUAUUCUGAGUAACACGGCAGAAUUAAAGAUCAAUGUCUUGGAUUUGAAUGACAACGCACCAAAAUUAUAUGGAAACGCUACUUUUCUUAAGCAUAAUGUGAGAGAGGAUGCGCCAUUAGGUACAAAAGUAUUGAAGGUCAGAGCAUAUGAUGUAGACAGUGGUAUAAACAGCGAAUUAUCAUUUCGUAUAUCCAGAGUUAUAAGUAAUGAUUCGUAUAACGAAUCAGUCUUACCUUUUCAAAUUGAUUUAAACUCUGGUUGGAUUACUACUAAUGUCAUUCUUGACCGUGAAAAAAUUGACGAAUACAGAUUUAAAGUUAAAAUUGAGGAUAAAGGGUUGCCAGUGCAAUCUGUGGCCACUGAUGUCAUUAUUGAUAUUAUUGACAUAAAUGAUAAUGCUCCAGUUUGCGAAAAGAGUGUGUACGAAGUUAAUGUCUCAGAAAAUACGGAGGUAGGAACAAUCGUUUUAAGUGACAUUAAAGGGGUAGAUUCUGACAUUGAGGACAACUUCAUAUAUAUUUUGUCAUCCGAAAUCCUGACAUAUACCGAAUUUUAUUAUGAAGACAAUGUAAUAAAAAAUUUAACUUUAAUUGAUGAUUAUAAAAUUUUCGAUUUGCUUGUAACCGAAAAUCGCGCCUCCAUCAUAUUAACUGAACCUCUACAUUACAUCCUAGACAAAUAUCCUGGGCAGCUCUCUAUAAAUCUUACCGUAGUAGUAGAAGAUUCUGGCAAUAAUAUUGGAUAUUGCAAUGUCAAUAUUAAAGUAAUCGAUGAAAAUAAUAAUGCACCAGCCUUUGAAAGGGUAAUCAACUAUAUUAAAGUAAAAGAAAAUUUUCCGACACAAUCCAAGAUAAUAACUCUAAAGGCUACAGACCUUGAUAAGGGCGAAAAUUCGAAAAUCGUCUAUUCUAUCGAAUUAGAUGAUGUGAAAGAGAAUCCCUUUAAAAUAGAUUCCAAGAAUGGGAGGAUUUUCCUAGAUAAAAAUCUUGAUCGCGAAAUUUUAGCGCAUUAUAAUUUAAAAAUAAUUGCAAAAGACAAUGGCAUCCCAUCUUUAUCCGGAGUAACUCAUUUAAAAAUACAGGUUGAGGAUAUUAAUGAUAAUUCUCCUGUCUUCAUAUCCCCUUCCAACGAUCCUCUGAAAUAUAUUUCUAAUUAUUCGAGAGAUGCCACGAAUGCACACGAGUUCAAUGUAAAGAUAUUGGAAAAUACAGGGCCCGGUGUAAAAAUUGGUCAAAUUAAAGCCAUCGAUUUUGAUUUUGGUUCUAACGGUGAAAUUCAAUAUUUGUUUCUUAAUCACUCGACUUCUAGUUUACAAGAGACCAUAUAUGAUAAAUUUGAAAUAAAUAAGCACACAGGCGAUAUAUACACUUACAUAAAAGUUCCUAAUAUGUCGACACACAAUACAUUUCUAGACAGAGAAAGAGUACUAUUUUACAAUUUAAUAGUUGUAGCUGAAGAUAAUGCUCCAACACAUGAAAGAUUAAGAACAUCCGCAGAAUUUAAUGUCAUAUUGAUCGAUGUAGACGAUAACUCUCCUAUUUUCGAGGAAAAACGGGUAUAUUUAAAAUUAGAGGAACAUAGUCCUGUAGGAAAGAUUAUUGGCAGAAUAGCUUAUUACGAUCUAGAUGAACCUCAAAAUACCAAUAAUACCUUCGAGAUUAUAUUUUUUAAUAAUGAGUAUUAUAAAAAUCAUUCAAUUCUUAAUUACAAUGAUAAUUUUAAAAUUGAUAAAAUAUUGGACAAUGAAGUUGAAAUAGCCAUAACCAAUGAUUUAGACUUUGAGAUGGAUCCACAUUUUUACAAAUUUUUUAUCAGAGCAAAACCGCGAAAAGAUUCUCUGACUUCCCCAUUGGUCAAUGAUAAAAUUAUAAUAAUGCCUCAGAAUCCUCACAGUGAUGUAGAAGUGAUUGUUCAAUUAUUAGAUAUCAACGAUCAUUCUCCGUUUGCGAAAGAUAUCAUUGUCUAUAUGACUUUACCUGCUUUCUAUACCCACCAAAUGGUCAUAGAUGAAUCAUUAUCAGAUAAAAACUCCGAUUCAAUAAAAUUUCAAUUUAUAGCUUAUGAUUUGGACCAAGACGAUAAACUAUAUUACACAAUUGAAAUGGGUAACGAAGAUAAUUUUAUAGACUUGGAAAGCAAUACUGGGAAAUUUUCUUUUAAUAAAAAAAUUUAUAAAUGGGAUUCGCUGUCAUUACAACUACUAAUUAGCGUGUCAGAUUCGGUCCACGUUACGCAUAGCAAAGCCAACUUAUAUAUUUACAAAAUAUCGGAGGAUAUGUUAGAAAAUGCUGUCUCAAUGCAAAUAUUUGACAUAAAUCUCCAGGAGUUUUUGGAGAGAGAUUAUUUUUUUAAUAUGAGGAACCUUCUAGCAAAUAGCCUGUUAACACUUCCUGAAAACAUAAUAUUUUUGAACCUAAAGACUAGCAACAAUUCUUCAAAAUCAUAUCUAAUAUUAACGUUAUGUGUAAAAAUAUUUAAAAUAGAUCAUUCUGCUACUCAAUAUAUGUCACCAAUUCAUCUCAAGUUAGCAUUAAAUUUGAAUAAGGAUUUAUUUCAACGAAUUAUUCAAACCACAUUUACUUUCUUACCUUCUCUCUCUGACAACUGCAUACUUCACUUAAAAUCAUCUCAUAGAUCCCACCUUGUAUCUAGUGUUAAUAAAGAAGUUCAGAUGAGCUUGAUGAAUUUACUUUGGUCCCAUGAAUGCAAAAUGGUAACAAAAAACUCCGAUGGCAUUAAUAGUGAUAUUCAAUUAUUCCAUUCUUGCAGCUCAUCAAUAUGCAACAACAAUGGGGAAUGCUUCAAGAACAAUAUUAAUUAUAUGUGUAUUUGCUCUUCAUUGCACACCGGUAUUUAUGACUAA